CACGCCUAUUUAUCAUCACGCGGAAGUGAUUUCCCGCGGCGAAUGCUGGGAGGAGUCUGCCGGAAGUGGGGCAGAGAGUGAGCAGCGGCGGAGGAUAAAAAAACAUGGCAGACAUGCAGAGCUUAGUUGUACGCCUUGAAAAGGCAGUGGGGAAGCUGGAGCUUCUCGGAGGUGGUUCAUGUGGUGGUGGUGCAAGCCCUGCAGAAGUGGCGCAGUUUGUUCAUGCUUAUGACUCGCUCGUGAGUGGAUCAGUUGAAGACUUUUUGAAACUCAGCAAGGAAAUUGGUGGAGAUGUUCAGAAGCAAGCAGAGCUUGUACGUACUGCCAUUACUCUGCAGCGUGAAGUUUUGGUAAAGGCAUCACAAUUUCAGCAGCCAGAUGAGAAGGACCUUGCUGCUCUACUCACUCCCCUCUCCAGGCAGAUUCAGUCUGUUCAGGACUUCAGAGAGAAGAAUCGAGGCAGCAAACAAUUUAAUCAUCUUUCUGCUGUAAGCGAAAGUGUGCCUGCCCUUGGAUGGGUAGCAAUGGCUCCCAAACCUGGUCCCUUUGUGAAGGAAAUGACUGAUGCAGCUACGUUUUACACCAACCGAGUGUUGAAGGAAUACAAGGAAGUGGAUAAGAAACACGUAGACUGGGUUCGUACAUACUUAAACAUUUGGACGGAGUUACAGGCUUAUAUUAAGGAGCAUCAUACAAUCGGCCUAAGUUGGAGAAAGACAGGCCCAAAGGCUAGCGUUGGACCAAGCGCACAAGCUCCCUCUAGGGCUGGGCCACCCCCUCCCCCUGGUGGACCACCUCCUCCCCCACCACCUCCAGCUUCUGCAUCUGCUCCAAGUGAUGACUCAAUCAGUCGAUCCCAACUGUUUGCACAACUCAAUCAGGGAGAGGAUAUCACUAAAGCCCUGAAGCAUGUAUCUGAUGAUCAGAAAACUCAUAAAAAUCCCACACUGAAAACUCAAACUGCUCCAGUUAGAGGUGGACCAAAACCGUUUACAAGCCCGAAACCAUCACAUGUUGCAUCCCCUGCAGCUAAACCUGCUGCUAAGAGGGAGCCUGCUGUGUUGGAGCUGGAAGGCAAGAAAUGGAGGGUGGAACAUCAAGAGAAUGCCACCAACCUGGUGAUUAGUGACACUGAACUGAAACAAGUGGUUUAUGUCUACAAGUGUGCAAACAGCACCCUGCAGAUAAAGGGCAAGAUCAAUUCCAUCACUUUAGAUAACUGCAAGAAGCUUGGCUUAGUAUUUGAAGAUGCUGUGGGCAUUGUGGAAGUCAUCAACUCACGUGAUGUUAAAGUGCAGGUUCUAGGUAAAGUGCCGACAAUAUCUAUCAACAAGACAGAUGGUUGCCAUGUUUACCUAAGUAAGGAUAGCCUUCAUUGUGAGAUCAUCAGUGCCAAAUCUUCCGAGAUGAAUGUUUUGGUCCCGGGAAAGGGAGGAGAAUUUAGCGAGUUUCCAGUGCCAGAGCAAUUUAAGACCGUUUGGAACGGUGAAAAGUUGGUUACCACAAUUACGGAGAUUGCAGGAUAGAUGUUUUCAUUUGCUUGCAGUGACAUGGGCUGGACACCAUGUUCUACUCAGCCCUCUGUGUUCUCUCUGCUGCUUCUUUCUUCUUGGGGAUUACUCUAGCUGUAGGGUAGAGACCUGAUCCUUGCAGCCUUACGCUGAUUAAUGUCCUACUGUAACACAUCUAAUUAGUGCCAGAAGUUCACCGAGAGCUGCUUAUGCUAAUCUGCUGCCCCACCCCUCCCAUGCCAAUACAAAGGGUAGGGGCUUUGACUGUCUGCUAAACCAUUCUAGGUAGUGGCUGGAUGACCAAUAAACUGUUAAUUGGACCAAAGGUUAAAAGCACUUUCUUAAAGGAUUUUUUUUUUCACCCCUUCCAACACCCAGGGACCAUUACAGCUCCCUCCCACAGAAUAUUGUCCAUAGCUUUUCAGCACAUCCAGGGUUUACUUUUUAUACAUGAAUAUGCAAUGGUUUUCCUUGUUCUCUAAAGUACUUUUCCUGGCCUAUCACUUCUGUACUGAUCCACAAACUAAUAUGCCAAUGUGUUCUAAAUAUUUUCAAUGUGUUGUAAGCAGGUUCUGUUCCAACAAUAAGGGAAUAGGAGCAGUCCCUGAUAAGACUGUGGAAUAUACACGUUUACAAAUCAAGCAUUUUAUUAAAGAUUCAAAGUGAAAUGUACAA